CUUGCGGAAUCGCCAUCAAGAGAUUUCGGAAGCACAAUUUUUAAACCAGGGGCUGCUAGUGAUCGUUUGUCCUGGCGCCCCGUCCUGAAGUGUUAAACAAUAAGAACCAGAUGUUUGAAGGCGAAUGUGUCAGUUCUUAAAUAAACAACCACGUCCGUUUCACAGGCAAACCUCUCAGAAAUGAGCGACUUCAGUAUGUCUUCGGAUAACUUUCCAUGACAAACUCAAUGAAUCCUCAUACUGACAGACAGAGAGCCAAGGUAUGAUACGACCACCUCGCGUGAAAUACUGAAAAUGCAAAUGUAUGAACAAACUGGAUGGCUGUUAUAUGAAAGCGGCCCCUCUCUGUAGUCUACUCUGAGUGUGAUGGCGACCACCCAGGAGGUCACGGUGUCCAUGGGGGAGGUAGUGAUGGUGAAGGCUGACGGCGAAGAAGACCCCGAUGACCCUAAUAAGACUCAGGUCAUCCUCCAGCUCCAGCCAAUCACCACUGGAGACGAAUCUGCUGAAACAGAUGCCGCUGUCAUGGCUGUUGAAGCACAUCCAGAACAAACUGAGGGAGAAGACGUUGAAAUCGGCUGUCCCAUAACAUGCGGCGACAGUAAAGCUGUGUUGCUAGUGAAGAAAUUUGUGUGCCCAGGAAUCAAUGUGAAAUGUGUGAAGUAUGAAGACCAGCUGAUCAGCCCGAAGCAGUUUGUGCACAUUUCUGGAAAAGCCACUCUGAAAGACUGGAAGAGAGCCAUCAGGAUGGGUGGAGUCAUGCUAAGAAAAAUGAUGGAUUCCGGUCAGCUGGACUUUUACCAGCACAGCACGCUGUGUACCAAUACGUGUCGCAGCACCAAGUUUGACCUUUUAAUCAACAACACACGGUUCCCUCCUGACGGCACGGGACUUACCACACCCACAUCCUCCCAAGCUCAGGUGGUCCUGGGUAACGGCGGGACCCUGGGCGAGGACAGAGCAGAGGUUCCGAGUGGGAAGGCGGACUGGAGCUCGUGCUCACUGGAGUCUGCAGACAAGAAGGAAUCGAAUGAGAUCUCAGAGGACACACUGAACUUCUGGAAGGGCAUCGCUGAUGUGGGUUUGCUGGGUGAAGUGGUGACCAACAUCAGUACAGAGCUGCUGGAGCUGCUGAACGGCGUGCAGCAACGCAGGGAGCCAGCUGCCUUACAGGACACAGAUUCCUGUCUGGUAGAGGUGGCGGUGCUCAGUAACCUUGCCCAAGUGUUCGGCCUGCUCGACUCAGUCAAGAAGAUCCUGGAGAGGAGGAAGCAGCAGACGGAUCCCAGCCAGGAGCAAAUCCUCAGCACACUCACCAACCUGGAGCUGCAGUUGGAAGAACAGAGGAAGCAGCAGCAGGUGCGAGCUCUCCUGUCCUGCCCGCAGCCGGCCAAAAACAAAACUCCCACCAAGCGCCAGACCAAGCGGCCUCGUCUCCAGAGGCCCGCCUCCACCACCACCCUCCUGACCUCCCCCAUCAACCAGCAGGCCGCUCUGCAGCCCCAGCAGUUCACCGUUCUUUCCCCCAUCUCGCUGUCCUCUGUGGGUCAGCCGUUCACCAUGGCAGGCCUGCCCAUCGCCACCCUGGCCCAGUCCUCCAACACGGUCACCCUGCUCCCCGCCGGCUCGCAGCUCUUCACCCGCUACAUGGUGACCGGAGACGGAAAGGCGGACACCAUCACCUUGCACCCGUCCUCGGGCCUCACGCUGGUGGGCACCACCGCCAUGCAAGACUCCAGCCAGCUGGGCACGAUGGUGAGCCCCUUAGAGCUGGUGCACCUGAGCCAGCAGGCCUGCGGCGCAGAGGUGGUGCCCAUAGAAGGCCAGGUGGUGGACGGCACCAUGCUGGUGCAGCAGGAGGUGAUGCAGGGCGAGGUGGAGGCCGGCCAGGAGCACACGGUCAUCGAGAUCAACCCGGCUCCGAUGGAGCAGGCGGUGGGAGUGAUGGAGCUGCAGCUGACUGGGGAGUCGGGCAGAGGCGGGGCUGCCAUGAUGGUCCAGAGUGGGAUGGAGGUGACGAUGGCUGCAGGGGGGGAGGAGACGCAGUGCCAAAUGCAGGAGGGGCAGACUGAAGGGGUUCAGGGGCUGCAGCUGGAUGCCAGCGAACAGUUGUCAGGUGUACAGAUAGUGGUGAUAGAAGAAAAUACUCAGGAAGAAAACAAGGUCAAAUGAGACACACCUCCUAUUGAGUGCAGCAGAGCAGGUAUGGACUCGGGGAUUGACAGACUUGUGAAACUGUAAAUACACAGAAUUUCCAAAUCCACAAAUUGCCUUGGCCUAAGACCAAGCACUAGGGUAGCCAUUUUUCCUUUUUUGGUGUGUGUGUGUGUGUGUGUGUGUGUGUGUGUGUGUGUGUGUGUGUGUGUGUACAUGCUCCUCUCAACUUUUUUGUUGAUUUUUAUUGAAACAGAAGCAUACAGUAUAUUCUCUGUUGUGAUGCCUCUUUGUUUGUUUUGUAUUUAGGAUAAGGAUAAUUCUGGUUUAUUACAACUUGGGUCAAAUAUCUGUAAUAUCAUUUCAUUUCUAGCUGUAACAUUAAUAACAUAAUGUAAUAACAUUGUACUCACCAUGUGAAUUUCUGAGAUGUGAGAAUGUGUCAAUGUUCAGACGGGGCAAGAAACACGAGUAGCCAGACAAUCAGACAGGUUUUUAACAAAUCUCCACGUUAGCCAAACUUACCUGGAAGGAAAACGUCCAUUGUACUUAACAUAGUUGUAUGCACACAGUUUGAUGAAUGAUGGAUAAUUACAACAAUAUGAUUUGGCAAAAAAAAAACAACCUGAAUAUUGAUUAUAUAACUAUUAUACUAUUAUAUAACUUUUCAUGCUAUUUUUGCGGUAAUAACCAUGAACUUGUGGAUACUGAUUUUGAGUUUAAACAUGUCAUCAGUCAGACAUCACCUACUUACUCGAUCUGCAGGUACUGUGCUCAUAUUACUGUUGCUACCAACGACCUACCACUUAAAAAAGAAAAACAGUUUGAGAGACAGUUUCCCUUAUAGACAGUGGGUGAGAUAAAAGGCCUAAUGUGUGUGUUUUUACAUCUAAACGUUCAAUGUACAUGGAGUCUAACCUUUAUUUCGGUCAUGAGUGGUCCACAACAACGUUGUCGAUUAUAAAAAAUGAUCUGUAGUGCAAAAAUGUUAGGAACCCCUGGUUUAGCUAUCUGAGCUUGUUUGCAACCUGUCUGAUCGUCUCACUGCUUGUGUUCCUUGCUCCAUGUGACCACAUUAAAGAGAUGUCGCUGUGUUCCCAGAUCUCGGCAGUGACCUUCGUCAGUACAAUGUCAUCAAAACCAAUAGAAACAAUGGCCACAAACUACAAAAAUACCUGAGUUGUAAUUAGCUGGAGUUAUCCUUGAGGCCUCCAUGAACAACCUGAGGGUAAGAGAAUGCACUGUAACUGGAAGGUUUACAUGCAGGGCUUUAAUGGUGCUGAUGGUUCGUCAGUUCACAUCCUCUUAUACUGACUGCAAGUCACGGCCCUCUACUGUUGAUCAGACUCAUUACCAGGAACAGUGUUGGUGUCACUCGAGGCUGGGAUUAAUUGCACUGUGUAGUAACGUCGCAUCCAAGCUGUAUUGUUUUUGCACUGUGUCGUCCUUUUAGGACUACAGGAAGAUGUUUGCAACAAUGUCUGUUCUCUAAACAUUUCUUUAGAAUUUGGCCCCACUGUUGGGUGUGCAAAGUGUUUUUUCUGUGCAUAGUUAAAUGGAAACAGACUGAACUCCUCUCACUGGAAUUACAUCGCUUAUGCACCUUUUCUCUCAGUGGUUUCUUACUCCCUGAUUUCAUUCAUAGACUCCAUUUACUUUCUUUAUUGUGAUCAUCUAUUGCUUUAUCUCAGUAUGAUAGGUAGUGUGAGCUACUGGGCUGAUUGUUUAAGUCAAUAUAUAAAAUAUAUAUAUAUAUAUAUAUAUACUUAAUGUCAAACUUGGUAUGCCUGUAUUUUACACUUGUGAAGUAGUGUCAUAUUUAUUAGUUUACAAACUGAAGAGAUGGGCCUCCCUGUUUAAGGUGCAAACAUGGGUUAAUUUAUGCUCUUGGCUGUAGUUCACAUUAACAAAGACCUGUUCAAGACUUGUGCAUUUCCAAUAAUUUAAUUUAACAAAUGAGGGUAUUUGCAUACUGACUUUGUAAUGUGUUUUAAUAUCAGAUUAAAACUGAAAAAAAAUAACAA